AAUGAACCGCGAGUUUAGUUGCAUUCUCGCUACCGUUGUAUACAGAUCUGGUUCCGUGUUUCGGGGGAAUAAGCUUCUUAGAGAUAUCGUGGACUUUUCGGCAAAUGAUAUCACCAGACUUCUGGGAAUAACAUCCUCAUGGAGUUAAAAAGAUUCCUAGCUUGUUUGCUUCUUCUCAGCCUGACUAGAGGGCAGGGCCAAGGUGACAGUUUUGAAAGCUACGACUGGCGAGGAGUAGGACCUCUGAAGGAUUGGCCCAAGUAUAGUUCACUGACACCUUAUGGUAGCAGAAAGCCAGCUACUGGAAAUUAUCCUGUACUCGAUGAAGUCAAGAAAUAUCCUGAUGACACUAGCGCUUAUUUAGGAGAUUCUUCUUAUUCGACAGAUUUCAAAAGUCAGCCUUACAAAUACAUCGAUAACAGUGCUGAAUACCAAAGUGUCUCCUAUGGCGACGAUGGAAGAGGUCUUGACGAUAAUUUCAAUAUCACCAUUGAAAGAUUAGGUGGUUUUGGAGGUUCUGGCGAUACAAGAGGAUAUGGUGCAUAUGAUGAUUCAAAAAGCUAUCAAGAAUUACAUCCAGAUGAGCCCAAACGAGAUGCAGAUUUCCCAGAACUAAUGAGGAUUGGACGAAGACAUCGCAACCGAUAUCGUAAUCAAGAUCCCCUUCUGGUCCGUCCAGUGCCUCAUCCACUCUAAAAGAAAUGACUGUUGUUUGUAAUAGUUGCCAAAGUAAACUGAGAUGACAAUAAAGACUUUAGAACGUAACACACUGGGCCAACUAUUUGAACUCCCGAAAAGUAUCAUUAACUUAUUUACUUUAAGCUGAUAUAUGAUUUGUUUUAAGGCCUUUUAUUUGACAAUAUUUAUAGCAUUUUCAAGAUUGAUUUAAUUGUAUUUUUGAAUAUUAUGCUCAUCGCGUAACUGUGAUCAUAAUCACCCAACUCUCAUUUGCUCUGGAAAUUUGUUUCACAAAUCUAGCUCUUUAACAUCUGUAAUCUAAUUAUUAAUUUUGUUGAAAAUACGAUGCUUGUGGGCAGAAGUUUCAUUGGUAGCAUCCCCUGAGAAAGGACAAGUUGGCGGAAAGUAACAAAUGUAAUUGCAAUCGAAGGAAUUCGAAUGGAUAAAAAGCUUCUCUUCCUGCAUUAAACAAUUUCAAGAGCAUUUUAACAAGUUAAAAUACAAAUUUUAACAAUUUAGCAAUUUUAAAAUGCAUUUUAACAAAUACGCAAGCAGAAAACACAUCUUAACUUUACAUUAUAAAAAGAAUUUUUAAAUAUAUCUCCCAGGAAGAAACAUCUGGCAUAACAUUUUAGAACCUUUCUCAUGAGGUUCUACUGAUAGAAAAGUAUCUGUUUAUGAAGUGUUUAAAUCUUUUAACUUAUUUUUGAAUAAUGAAAGCUAAGUAAUAUGCAUUACAAUAAUUUAAUUUUUUUUACCUUCAUGUAAAAUUUCCCACUACUUUUUAAUCGUUUACUUAAUAUCAUCUUUCUAGCUUUCAUAAUUCUGUUUCAAACGAUAUGUUUGCUAGCGAUAGUUAGAAAUCACAGGAAAAUGUUUUGAUUCAGUUUUAUGAUUCAAUCAACAAUUUUCAGAAUUGUAUAAAUAUUACAAUAUUUGUUUUACAAACGUUUACAUAUGUGUUGCAUAUUAACACUUGAAAUAUAUUUACUAUGUUGUAAUAAAGUUAGCGAAACUUACGGGAAUAUAUAUUUUAUAGUUUUUCAUAAAAAAGAUGUAUUUGUUUAUUUGAAGCCAAUUUUGUACAGAUAUUUUAGUACAAAAUAAAUUAAAUAAUGUUAA